CUCCAUUCAGGGAGCCUGACAUGGGACUCGAUCCCAGGACCCCAGGAUCAUGCCCUGAGCUGAAGGCAGAUGCUCAACCAUCGAGCCACCCAGGGAUUCCCCAUAAUAAUGUUUUAAAUGUCUGAAGAGUAUAUCUCAGUCACCUGCAGGACCAAAAUGAAGAGGAUAUCCGAGGACUACCAGUCCAGAUUGCCAGACAACACUGCCCUGAAGCAGCAGCAGUUGCCUGCCUACCGGCUCCAGCUCUCAGCCACCGGAGUCCUCUCCGGCUUCUUCGCUGCGGGAGCGUUCUGCCUCGGGAUGGGCAUCAUCCUCAUUCUGUCUGCAAAGAGUAUCAAGGAGAUAGAGGUCAAAUACACAAAAAUCUGUGCAAAUUGUGCAGAACUCCGAGAAGAUGCCACUAAUUUUGACAAAGAAUGCACCUGCUCUAUCCCCUUUUACCUUUCAGAGACAAUGAAGGGUAAUGUUUAUAUGUACUACAAAUUGUAUGGUUUCUAUCAGAAUCUCUAUCAAUAUAUUCUAUCCAGAAGUAAUAGCCAACUGCUGGGUACAGACUUAAAGGAUGUUGGAAACUGUGCUCCAUUUAGCAACUCCCAUGAUGGGACCCCUAUAGCUCCUUGUGGUGCUAUUGCCAACAGCAUAUUCAAUGAUACUAUUAUUCUUUCAUACAACCUUAAUUCAUCUAUACCCAUUGAAGUCCCAAUGCUAAGAAGUAAAAUUACCUGGUGGACAGAUAAGUAUGUCAAGUUUCAGAAUCCAAGUUCCAUUAAUCUUUCUAGUGCAUUUGCAGGGACCACAAAGCCUCCAUACUGGUCUAAGCCUGUCUAUGAACUAGAUGAAGAGGAUCCAGGAAACAAUGGCUUCCUCAAUGAUGACUUCAUUGUGUGGAUGCGGACAGCCGCCUUUCCCACUUUCAAAAAACUGUACCGUCGACUCAAUCGAAUACAGUACUUUAUUGAAGGCUUGCCUGCUGGUAACUAUAGUUUCAACAUUACCUAUAAUUUUCCGGUAACCAGGUUCAAAGGAGAAAAAUCAGUUGUUCUUUCCACCUUGACAUGGAGUGGAGGCAGCAGCCUUUUUUUAGGUCUCGCCUACACAGUGACAGGAGCAGUAACAUGGUUGGCCUCCUUUUCCAUGAUGGCCAUUCACCUGAUGUUAAAAAAAAAGAAAAUGCUCUUCAUCCAGGACUAAAGUCAAGUUUUAAGAAGCGGAAAACGCAGAAAUUGACAAUGAAAUAACUAAGAGAGUCAAAGAUUUCUGACAAGGCUCAAAAUGACGAGGAUAUUUUAUCAAGGGGAACUGGAUUGACUGACCAAGUACAAUCCCAGAUAAAUAAACAAUGAGAAAUUCAGAGUUAAGGAGGGAGUAAGGGAAAAAGGGGAGAAGGAGAAGGCAUAGUCAUGUAUAGUAAAAUGUCCUUGGAAUGGGCAAGAUAAAUCAUCCUUGAAUUCUGAAACAAGUCUCUGGUAUUUAUUUGAAGCCCUCGUGCCUAAUGGUAGGUGAAUGCCUAGGAGAGAGUACCAUCAUUAGACAAAAGUAAGGUGGGGUCCCUGGGAUUAGGUGAAUCCUCUUAACCUCAGACCAUGAGUCUUCAUCACCUGGUCUAAAUUACAUACUUUCUAACAAUUGUUGAGCAUCGAAUUGAGCAAUCAGGAUGAUUUUUGUAAACUGAUUUAUUCAAUGUUCUCUCCUUUCUGUGGACUCAAAACUAAGUUUUCUCUGCUAAGAAUAUACCAAGCAAAGACCGUGGAGUGCCCUGAGCACCCACAAUACAACAAUACACCAAAAAGAAAGGCCAGAGAGCUCCCUGAAGUUAUUCAUAUAACCAAGAGGGAAGCCCUGAAAGUUACUGCUUCUCUCAAAAGUUGUAUUCAGCAUUUAAGGGCACAAAACAAUUCUCAAACUUGGGAUGACAUAUUCUAGAAUGCAAAUGAUGACAUGUAUUUAUUAUACUUAAAUUCUGUGUGUUGAGAGGGCUUCUCAGGGUUCAUCUUAAAAUGUUUGAAUCCCUAUAAAGGAGACUGAACAAAGUACUUGGUAAAGCUGCCAGGGGAAGAGUCCCCACAGAUUUGUGUGCACAGAUCUGAAUGCUUUACUUUAAAAAGCAUGUUUAUAUUUCUUUUUUAAGAUGGAGGAAGCUUUACUCCGUGAAAAAUUCCCUAGAAGAAUUUUUAUUGUUAAAGAAAAAUACAGUACCGAUACAUAUUUGUAUCUUUAGCAGCCAAGAAAGCAUUUCUUUGUUGCAACUUCCUGCAUUCACCAAAUAGUUUAGUAUUUUCCCAAAAAGACAAAAUUUCAAGUUCCAACUCUGAAAUAUAAGAAUCCCUCCCCUAUCUCACCUUCCAUCUGUAACCUGUGACUUCUGGUAUCCAGGUGUGGUAAGCCAAAUAAGGCCUUACUACCUCCCACCCCAAAGGUACCCAUGGCCCAAUCCCAGAACCAGUAAAUGUUACCUUAGAUGUCAAAAGAGCCUUUGCAGGAGAGAUUAAAUUAAGGGUAUUGUGUGGGGAUGGCAUCCUGGAUGACCUGGGUGGGCCCAAUGUGAUUGUGUGAGUCCUUAUAAGAGAAGCAGGAAAUCAGGAGAGAGUAGCAGGAAUAUGGCAAUGAAAGCAAGAGAUUGGAGCGAUGCAAGAAAGGCACUGUGACACACAGAAUGUAAGCAGCCUCCAGAAGCUGAAAAAAAGCAAGAAACAUCCUCCCCAGAAGUCUUGCUGACAUCUUGAUUUGAGACUUCUGACCCUCAGAACUGUAAGAGAAUAAAUUUAUGUGGUUUUAA